AUGAAGAGUUUUCACAAAAGCGGCCAAAAAGAAAUAGAUGAAUUCAAUGGAUCAGUUCAAGCAACUAAAGCGAUGAAAAAAGGAUCAGACGUCUACAAGUGUGAGCAGUGUCACAAGGUUCUGACAUCUCUUGGGUCGAUUCAGAACCAUAUCCGUCGAGAGCAUACGAUGACAAGAACUGACGAAGCGCUCGAUCCAGCGUUGAUCUCGAUUCUUGAAUCUCAGGAACCUGAAAAGAAGAAAUAUAGAGUGUGCACCACUGAGAUUCAGCCGAUUGCGAUAAUUGAGGAUUUACCGGAAACAAAACCAAUCUCUAAUCAAAAAAUUCUGUGUCCUCAUAUCGAUUGUUUAUCUGAGAUGGAUGCUGUCUUUGUAUCGUCUAGAUUAAACCUGGAAUGGCUAUCAAAGAAACAAGAAGAAACGGGAACUACACUGGUGACUCAGACCGCUCGUGACGAAGGUUCCAGAAAUACGAGUUACAUGAUUUGUAAGCAUGAAGGAACAUACGUCCGUAGUGGAACAAAAAAGUAUGGUCAUGAUACAAAAAAGCAGACUGGUGAUGCUCUGUGCACUGCGUAUUUGAGAGUUGUAAAAAUAGGAGAAAAAGUUUCUUGCCAGGGAUGUUUCUAUCAUUUCGGACAUGAUAUCAGUGUUGCAAACCUUUCCCUUACAUCAAAUCAAAAAGAGAAAGUUGUGAAUUAUGUGAAACAAGGUCUUCACAACAAAGCAAUUGUGAAAUUAGUGAAGAAAGAAACGGAUGAGCACUCCAGAUUACAUUUUCUAAGUUCAGAUGACAUUCGAAAUCUUAAAAAUCAGUUUGAUUUGAAUGAAGAGCAACUAGACAAAGAUGAUCUCAGAAGUGUUGAAAAAAGAGUUGCAAUGAAGAAUCUGGAUGAUGGCAUUCGAUAUUAUUCUGCGCCUGAUCACGAAGGGAACAAUUUCGUGCUUGUGAUUAUCACUCCAAAACAUCUAGAGAGUAUUACAAAAUUUUCACACAAGGUGGUUGUGCUCGAUGACACUUUCAAUGUCACUAUGUAUAACUUAAAGUUGACUACACUCACAGUUAUUGAUAAUUCUGAUCGAAGUGAGCCUGCAGGAUUCCUAUUAUCUAGUUCCACAACUUCAAAAGAGGUAUCGAUUCUGUUCAAUUGCCUGAAAGAUUUAUUUCCUGAAUUCCGACCGUCGUUUUUUAUGACGGAUGAGGCUUCGUGCUUUUGGAAUGGAUAUAGUGCAGUUUUUGAUAAUUCUGGUACUAGAAAAGUGAUCUGCCGUUGGCACGUAUAUCGUUCAUGGAAAAAGAAAGCGACGCAGCUAUUGAAGGGGGAUCUACUCAGUGAAACUAUGCAGUCGUUAAAUGAGGUUUUAAGAGAGCCACGACAAGAAAAGGUUAUGCAUAGAUUGCUCUCGAUGCUAACUCGUUUAGAUCUAGCGAAGGAGAAAGGAGCUGAUGAGUUUUCUGCAUAUUUCAGAACAUAUUACUAUGUAGAUCAAAGAAGUGAAGAUACUUAUAUAGUCACUAAAAUUUCUGAUAUGAAGGAGUACACAGUUCGAGACUAUAAGGAAUGCAUUUGUGAUAUCAAAGAAAACACUCACUGCGACUACUGUGGUGCGUGUGGAUAUCGAUUCGACUGUGAUUGCCUGUUCUCACGUGCCGGUGUUGCCUGCAAGCACAUCCAUGGAGUUCUGAAGUUUGCAGCCAGCCAACAAGCCAAUUGUGAGCUUCUUGACGACCAUGCCAAUUUGUCUCCACGUCCUUCUACGUCCUCUCGUUAUCCUUCUGCAAAUUUGAAUAGUUUUGUUCUUGAUUUAACCAGAAAAGAGAAAGAUGAGCACGACGAUAGAAUUACGAAGAGAAUGGAUCGAUUGAGCACAAUGUGGAGCGCUGUCUACGCGGAUCUUCGAAAGCAAACGAAAGAUGGGGGGGAAUGUUUCGAAAAAUUGUUGGAAAAAACUGAAAAUGCACUACUCUCAAUUAUGCCGGAAACAAGUGAAACAGGAUUAGUUGUUCGUUCAGAUGCCGGAAGUUCAUAUAAGACCGCACGCGAGAUUAUGCACGUUUCUUCUGCAUUGAAGAAACGAACUCUCGCACCAAGAAAAGUUCUCACGGCAUCAAAAACCUCUCUCAUUCCUAAACGAUUCUUGGAAAGAUGCAUAAUUUGUGGAGAGCGAGAUCCUGAAAUCCCUCACGAUGCAGAUGAAAUGGAAUUUGAGAGUACUACCACGGAAUGGAAAAGAUGCAACAAAUGUAAACAGCCCGCUCACUUUUCAUGCACACUCAACAACAAAAAAUGCGCAUGCUCUGACGAUUCCUACUUCGAACUUUACCCUGAUAACUAUUUAAAAGUUAUGGAUUCCGACGAAAACUCGGAAUAA